ACCAAAACCUUAAUCAAACAACAAUAUAAAUCGACCUUCAAAACUUCAUCUCUUUGCGCUAAUUAUCAGUACCUCCAAAUAUUCUUUAAUGUCUCCUUUUCUCUUUCUAUUUCUACAAUCCUUUGGUUUCAUCCAUAGCCAUGACUAUUAGUAUUACUACUACAUGUGAGAGCUUCAAUUCUUUAUCAUUUUCAUUUGCCAAAUUAUUUCUGUAAUUUCCUCAAAAUUAAUCAAGAAACGUAGAAUAUUCCUGCUUUUUCUCAAGUUCAACACUUGAGUAGUGAAACAAAAUUCUCAACUCAAAAUGGGAAUCUCGUGAAACUUCUGCGUUGUUUCCUUCCUAAAUUGAAAAUCUUGAUGUGGGUUCUGCUUAUAUAUUUCCGUGCUUUUGUAUCCUCUGAUAUUUUUCCAAGAUUCUGAAAAGGUAAAUCUUUUUUUUCUUUCAAGAUUCUUCAAUUGGUGCUGUGAGGAAAAAGCAGUAUUCUGAUUCCCAGUAAAUGAUUCUGAUUUCAAUGCUUUUCGGAUCAUUGUAAAAUUCCAACUUCUUUCUGCACGCUCCAUUUAUCUCGAGUCCCAUCAUUUUCAAUGCUCGUGGUAAGAAUCCCAGGUUAUUGAACUGUCAAACUAUAUCUAUAUUGAGGGUUUAAUCACUGAAAAAGAGGAUUGCAAAGGUUUCCUCGGGCCGAAAAUUGGCCCUGGUUUCGGAAAUUUUACACAUGGAGACCUUGUUUCAAGCUUCAUUCGCAUCGAAUUCGGGUUUGUUGAUGCAACAGAGGAAAACCACGGUAUGGACAAAAGAAGAAAACAAGAAAUUUGAGAGUGCACUUGCAGUUUUUGAUGAAAAUACUCCCAACAGAUGGUCUAUGGUGGCGUCCAUGAUCCCUGGUAAAUCAGUUUAUGAUGUGAUAAACCAGUACAAAGAAUUGGUGUCAGAUAUUAGUGAUAUAGAAGCUGGUUUGGUCCCAGUACCUGUAUACUUGAACUCUUCUUUUACAUUGAAAUUACCCGAUAAUCACAGUUUUGAUGUGUAUAGGAAGAGAGGCAGGUCUUACAAUCAAGAAAGAAAAAAAGGUGUACCAUGGACAGAGGAGGAGCAUAGACGUUUCCUGUUGGGACUUCAAGAGCAUGGCAAAGGGGACUGGAGGAACAUCUCGCGAAAUUUUGUUAUCUCUAAAACACCUACUCAAGUUGCAAGCCAUGCUCAAAAGUACUAUCUAAGGCAGCUUUCAGGAGGGAAAGAUAAGAGGAGACCGAGCAUCCACGAUAUAACAUCAGUCCAACUCACAAAAAAUUGUCCCUCGGAUAAUAAAAAAUCUCCAUCAUCAGAUAAUUUUUCUUCGGUUACAUUCAUACAGAAGUCCAUUGGCACUCCAAAAAUGUUACUUGACUGGAAUCACAAAAAUAAUGGAGCUUCAAUGGUUUUCGACUCAGCUUAUGACGAUCCAUUCAUUACAUAUCCACGAGAAAUUGCAUCGCUUGGUACCUGUAUAGUUGACACCGUUGCUGCCAAUCGAGGGUUCCAAUUCCAGUUCACGGGAACAUUCCAAUCCGAAAGAUCUCUUGAGUGAGAAAGAAACAUCUAGUCUGGUCAGUACAUCAAAAUGGCAAAUUUGGAUUGUGUUAAAAGUCAAGUGAUUACAUUCUGGUGUUAUUUACUGCUGUGGCAAACUUAUGUAUACUAUAUGCUAGAUGAAGUAAUAUAUAAUUUUGCAUGUCCAGAUGGAACUUACGAAGAUAAGCAACGUUAAUAAAGUGUUAAACUCCUGCUUCAGUCA